AUGUUCACUCUAGACAGCGACAGCAACAUUAGCACGUCUCCCAACGGCACAAACCUUCUACCCUACCUCUCCAACCUCUCCAACCUCUCACUGCAAACAGACAACGAAACGCUGGAAUGUGCUAACAAGACUGCGAUCCUGAUGAGGCACGUGCAUGUCACCAUCAUGCUCGACCGCUUCUGCACCCCUCUCUGGUACCUCAUCGGAUUCCUCGGCAACUUUGCCUCGGCUCGCGUCUGGUCGAGUAGACAGGCGCGCAAGAAGAACACGCAGUCCGCCAUAUUUCUCGCAUCUCUAGCCGUCAACGAUUUUCUCUUCCUCUCUCUACACAUCGUCCAAGAAUUAAAAGUUACAUGGGAGAUUUGGACACCGAUCGAUUCUCCGAUUGUUUGCAAACUAUUUCCAUCCUUAAUCAUUUGGUUUCAAUAUUUAGCUCCGGUUUUGGUAUUAGCAUUUACUGUUGAACGAUUUUUAGCUGUCUGUCACCCAUAUAAGAAAUGUCAAUCGACCGAAAGUAGAACGGCAGUGAAAGUGGUGGCGAUGACGGUGCUUGUCUGUUUGACCUUUGCCCUCGGGCAGACGUACAUCUGGUUCUACGAUGUUGCGUCUGAGAAAUGUGGUUUCAACAUUACCAGGAUGGACUUCUGGCUGGUUUGGUGUGCGCUGACGGAAGCUUUGUUCUUUCUUGCGAUUCCUGCGGCUAUUUUUAUAUUUAAUUUAGCCGUUAUGAGAACUGUGUACAGGCUGAAACAAGAAGAAAAAAAAUUAAUCUACUCGAAAACAUCUUUGGCUCCUCUAGCUAGCAAAAAAUUUGCUCAGACUAAUUGUACUGCAGGUGGAUCUCAAACCAGCGAUCUAUCGGGCAGGCAGUCAAACUUUUCAUUAGGCAGGUUGCUGACCGAUCCAGUGUUCCUCUCCUUAUGGAGAUGUGAAGCCAGACCGGCAACCAUUGAAACAAUCAACUCCAACAACCCAACACCUUCUUCCGUCAAAUUUUUUCCAUGCCAACCUGCUCUUGCUGAAGCAACGACUGCUGACAAAGAAAUUUUUCCCCACACAUCUGUCACUCGCACCACGACUCCGACAACUCCCAAUUUUACGAGAUCCUCAUCAAACUCCAUGUCCAUUCCCGUUCACAGCCAGCUGAAACAUUCAUCAUCGACGCAAAACAAUCGAGCCAACAGCAACGGCACCGAUGUAGACAUGAUGAAUUCGUCAAACACCAACAACAACAGCCGAUGUCUCGCCACUAACUUCACACUCCUCUCCGUCUCAUUCUACAUCAUCCUCACCACUCUCCCGGCAACUCUCGUCUACUACUUCGACUUCAACGACCUCGGUCCUUGCGAUCUGACGGACGAGCAGAUCGAAGUUCAUCCCGUCUGGAGACGAUUUUUCAACUACUACAGCCUGAGAAAGCUGGUCGAAGAGCUGUGCAUGUCACAUUACGCCUGCAACUUCUUCAUCUACUUCCUCACCAGCGCUCAGUUCAGGUCAACAUUCAAGCAGGUCUUCAGCUUGCAUCGAUCCAAUCUGGACGACAAUUUUUAUCCCCAUCGCAAUCCUCAUCUACAUCAACAACAACAGCAACAACAACAGAACCAACAACAACAACAGAACCAACAACAGCAGCAGAGUAGCGGCCCAAAGUGUUGGAAACUUUGUAAAUGUGCAACAGUUGAUUCGGAACAUUGUGAGCAGAAAAAUUUUUGUUGCAUCAAGCAAAUGACAACUUGA